GCAAAAGCAUAAAAGACCCCAAGCAAAAAGUCUGGGCGGGAAAAGAUUGGAAGAAGCAAAAGUAGGGAUUUUUUGAGUGCAGAAGCAAAUACAGUACAGACUCUUUCUCUUUCGCUCUCCAACAUGGAGAGAAUACACGUGACUGUCCGAGCGCGGCCAUUGUCGACGGAGGAUGCGAAGACAAGCCCAUGGAGAAUCUCCGGAAACUCUGUUUUCAUCCCCAACACCUCUUCUAAGUUUGAAUUCGAUCGGAUUUUUGGAGAAGACUGCAAGACUGAGGAGGUAUACAGAGCUCGUACUAAAGAAAUUGUUGGUGCAGCAGUUCAAGGAUUCAAUGGCACUGUGUUCGCAUAUGGGCAAACUAAUAGUGGAAAAACUCAUACAAUGCGAGGCUCUGCUACUGAACCUGGGGUUAUUCCUUUGGCUGUCCAUGAUUUGUUCGACAUAAUAAAACAGGAUGCUGGUCGGGAGUUUCUUCUGCGAAUGUCAUAUAUGGAGAUCUAUAAUGAGGAUAUCAAUGACUUAUUGGUUCCUGAGCACCGAAAGCUUCAGAUUCAUGAAAGUUUAGAGCGGGGGAUAUAUGUUGCUGGUUUGCAGGAAGCAGUUGUUGCCUUUCCUCAGCAAGUUCUUGAUCUGAUGCAGUUUGGAGAAUCACAUAGACAUAUUGGAGAGACAAAUAUGAAUGUGUACAGUAGCAGGUCCCACACUAUUUUCCGUAUGAUAAUAGAGAGUCGGGAUAGAAUUGAGGAUAUGGAUGUUGGCAGUUCCUGUGAUGCUGUUCGUGUAUCAGUUUUGAAUUUGGUGGACCUUGCUGGUUCAGAACGGGCUGCGAAAACUGGUGCGGAAGGUGUCAGGCUUAAAGAGGGUUCCCACAUUAAUAAAAGCCUAAUGACACUUGGAACUGUGAUUAAAAAACUGAGUGAAGGUGCUGAAAGCCAAGGGGGUCAUGUUCCAUAUAGAGAUAGCAAGCUCACACGAAUUUUGCAACCUGCACUUGGUGGAAAUGCAAAUACAGCUAUAAUCUGUAAUAUUACACUUGCACAGAUUCACACAGAUGAGACAAAAAGUAGUCUUCAAUUUGCAAGUAGAGCAUUACGUGUCACAAAUUGUGCUCAUGUGAAUGAGAUUUUGACGGAUGCUGCCUUGUUGAAGCGUCAGAAGAAAGAAAUUGAGGAGCUUCGUGCAAAGUUGCAGGGUUCUCAUUCAGAGCAUUUGGAGGAUGAAAUUCUCAACCUUCGGAACACAUUAUUACAGUCUGAAUUGGAGAGGGAGCGCAUAAUUUUGGAGUUGGAGGAGGAAAAGAGAGCCCAAGCUGAACGUGAAAAGGUUCUGCAAGAGCAGGCCAAGAAAAUAAAAAACUUGAGCUCGAUGGUUUUGCACUCCAACAGGGAUGAAAGUCGUAAUCAACAGAAAAAGGGGAAGAGACGGGAUACAUGGUGCCCAGGUGAACUUUCACGGCAGACUCUUCAAGAGAUGGAUGCUAAUAUGCAAUCAAGGGCUUCUUCCAUAAAACCCAUGAGCCGUGAUAUGGGCCCACUUAUUCCUUUUGAAGAAUUGGUGAGUGGAAAUGAAGUGGGGAAUGAUUUCUGCCAGCAACAUGAAGAUGAUAACAAUAAUGCAUCAGAAGACUGUACUUUUCCUGAUCCAUGCGCUUUAUUGCAUGUGACAAAUAGAAGAAAGGUACCACCAAGGAAGAAAAGCUCCCUUGAGGACCACGAAUUGGUAGAAAUGCAAGUAGCAUAUGAGGAAUUGCUUCUCAAAUUUGAAACUCAGAGAACGUUGAGUGAUAUACAGAUUGAUUGCUUAACAAGACAACUAGCUGAGGCUGAUCUAUAUGACUCUGCUAAAUUUAAUGGCUAUAGAAGUUCCAAUUAUGUAGAUAAAAAUAUAAGUUCAAGGGAGUCAGAGGCAAUUCAUGUUAUCAAACAACUUCAAGAAAAGAUUAAGACCUUAGAAAUGGAUAAGUCCUCAAGUCAGCAAAAUCUUAAUAGUGUUGUUGAUCUAGCAACAGAGCAAAGCAAAUGUGCCAGGGAGACGUUUGAAGAGCUACAUGAAGAGCUCCAAAAAGCAAGGGAGGAGGCUAGGGUGGCUCGUGAACAGCUUGCUUCUGGGGAAUCAGCAAGAGUAAUUGAUGUGGCAUUUGAGUCUGAGAUGAAGCUUUCCAUGGAGAUUCAAGAUAUAGUGUGUGAAGUUCAGAACUCUAGAAAAGUUAUGGACAGUGUUCCGUCACUUUUGGAUGAGGUUUUCCAGAGUCUUUCUGGUAUAUUUGAUGUGUUCAAUGAUUUUAAGGCUUUGAUUUAUCAGAGCUCUCAGAAGCAAAAAUUGAUUGCCAGUAAUCAUGAGAAUUUGUGCUUUUCCAUGAGGCAAAAGCUUGCUGAGGUUGAGAAUGAGAAGCUUCGUUUGUGCAAUCAAUCUGUUGAUCUUCAGAAGCAAAUAGAAGAACUGAGACGUGAUGCACAAAAUUAUGAAGAUUCUAUGAAAGAGCUCUCUGAGAAUUGGGGAAUGGAAAAAGAAGAACUGCUUUCUCAAGUUCAAAGUCUUAAAAAGGAAGUAUUUAGCUUAUCAUCGUGUUCCUUGGCCAAGGAAAAGGAAAACUUGAGAAAAGAUCUUGAGAAAACAAAAGUUAAGCUAAAGGAGACAGAGUUCAAGCUCAAGAAUGCCAUUCAGGAGAAAACUAAACUGGAGAGUGAGAAAGCAUUUUCUGAAAGGGAGGUUAAACGAUUGUAUGGUCAGAAUACUCGUCUUGAGCAUGAUAUUAACAAGCGUGACUCAUUUGCUGGUAGAAGGUGUGACGCAGUUUCUGAGAAGAGUUUAAAGGAAGAUUACAGAAAGUUGGAAGUUCUUGGAUUUGAAAUGGAAGCAACUAUUGCUUCUCUGGAAGAGGAAGUUGAAGCUGCACACAAGGAAAAGGAAGAGGCUAUAUUUAGAAAUGACAUUUUGGCUUCAGAGUUGGAAGCCUUGGUUGAAAAGUUGAACUUAUCAAAUGCUGAACUGAAUACAUUGCAAGAAGAGGUUUUAGUCCUGACACAAAAAUUAGAAGAAUCUAAAAUCAACCAACAAGCAAUGGAAAGUUCUAUCAAACUGUUGGUAGAAGAGAAGGAAGAAUUAGCAAUGCAACUUACUGAUUCACUACUGGAAAUGGAAGAGGAAAAAGCUAUAUGGUCUGCAAAGGAGAAAGCUUCUAUUGGAGCCAUAGAAGAGAAAACAAACUUAUACUAUGUGGAGGUUACGUCACUUUCCAACGCAUUGUCAGAGGUAAGAAGUGAGUUAGAGUUUUGUAGGGAAGAAUGCAAAGACCUCAAAGAAAGAUUAGCAUGCUCUGAGGAGAAUGAGAAACAUGAGAUGAAAUGCAGCAUGGAGAAGUCUUUAGAGAUUGAUCAGCUAAAAGAUGACUUGAAAAGAGUUGAUGCUGUGAGCAAACAAUCUCAAGAGAAUCUUCAGAACCAACUUUCUGAAAUGAUGAAAGAACGUGAUACAUUGAAGGCUAGGAUGGAAGGGAAUCUGACCAAUGCUAGUGAAGUGGAGUUUAUGAGAAAAAAUUGCGAUGACAUGCUGGCGGGUGCAAAAGCUCAAGUCGAGGAACUGAAUGCAAGAAUUUCCAGUAUGGAAGCCAAGAUGCAGAAUGAUGAAGUGGAGAACAAUAUAUUGAAGGCAAAACUUCGAAUGAGGCUUCGUGGAACACAAGCAAGCUUAGAUGCCGUUCGAUUUAGGUACAAGGAAGCAUUAAAUGAGUUGGAUGUGAUGAAUAGGGAGUAUAGAGAGGCUACAGCAAACUUGAAGGAGCGGUUGGCUUUUUAUGCAAAGGAAGUGCUCAACCUCAAGAAGGAACUCUCGGGCCAACGGAAGUGAGUAUUAGAUAAUCCGUUUGUAUAUUCAAUCUUUUCUAUAUGGGUGGUGAAAAGCUUAAAAUGUUGUAUUUUACCUCCUUACCCUUUGUAACACAGUAUCUUGUUGUACAUUAUCUGAAAAUAAACUAUGGUGGCACCAAAGUUUAUCAAAACAUUUGUCUAUCUAAAUUGCAUGAUUUUUUAGUGCAAAAAAGGGCUCUUCAAAUGAAA